AUGAAGGUCCUCAUCGCGACGAUGCCCUUCGCGGGGCACAUCCACCCGGCACAGCCCAUCGCCCGCGCCCUCGUCCGCCGCGGCCACGCCGUCGCCUGGCUCACGUCGGCCUCGCACGAACACCUCGUCACCCCGACCGGCGCCACGUUCGUCGCAUCGCCGCCGGCCCUCGCGCGCCACGACGAGACGCCGCUCGCGCCGGAGCCGGGCACCUCGGGGCUCGCCGCCGUCGUCUCCACCCUCCGCCAGCUCUUCCUGGACCGCGUGCCGGACCAGGUCGCCGCCUACCGCGCCGCUAUCGAGGAGUUCGGCGCCGACGUCCUGCUGGUCGACCUGACCGCCUACGGCGCGCACUGUCUGCGCGACCUCGGCGGCCCGCCGUACGCGACCCUCGGCAUCAACCCGCUCGUCACGCUCGACGCCGAGGUCCCGCCCUGGGGCACCGGGUGGUCGCCGCCCAAGACGCCCUUCGGCCGCUGGGUCAACGCGCUGGCGCACGCGGCCGCGGGCCGGCUGCUCUACCCGAGGCUCACGGCCCCCCUCAACGAGCAGAGGGCGGUGCUCGGCCUGCCGCCGCUGCCGGCGACGGGCUUCUUCGACGCGACGAGGUCGGACGCGCUGCACCUCAUGCCCACGACGCCGGCCUUCGAGUUCCCGAGGAAAAACCUGCACCCGGCCGUCACCUUCGUCGGGCCGCUGCUCCCGCUGUUCGGCGACGACGACGACGAGGAGACCGCCCUGCCCGCGUGGUGGGGUGAGAUGCUCGCGCACCCGCGGGACAAGGUCGUCCACGUGACGCAGGGGACGUACGCGACCAACGCGGCGAACCUCAUCUCGCCGACGCUGUCGGCUCUCCGGGGCCGCGCGGACCUGCUCGUCAUCGCGACGACCCCGGACGCGGAGACGGUGUUUCCGGCCGGAACGCUGCCGGACAACGCGCGGGUGGCGGACUUUGUCCCGCACGCCAAGCUCCUGCCCCACGUCGGCGUCAUGGUCACCAACGCUGGCUACAACGGCGUGCUCGCGGCGCUGAGCUGCGGCGUGCCGAUGGUAUGCGCGGGCCGCACCGAGGACAAGGCCGACGUCAGCGCGCGGGUCGCGUGGAGCGGGGCCGGCAUCGAUCUCGGGACGAACACGCCGGGCGAGAAGGCGCUGGGGGCCGCGGUCCAGCGCGUCGUGUCGGACCCCAGGUACCGGAGGGCGGCCGAGAGGAUCCGCGACGAUUUCGCCGCGCACAACGGGCCCGAGGAGGCGGCCGACCACCUGGAGAGGCUUGCGGGGCCGGGCCGUAGAUGA